AUGAAUUACGUAUCACCUUCAGAUGGAUGGAAAAACGCCAAGUCUGACCCUUUGAACCCUGAUGAUGACUCGAAAAACUCUCUUCCCAAAGUUAAAAUAGUUAAAAUAACCCAUAGGGGUAGAGAAGCGCCCAUAAGAUAUGUAUUCCAUGAGAUUUUAAGGAUAUUAGCAAAGCACAAGAAACCCUUACAUUUCCUAGAACUAGAAAAGGCUUUAAGAAAUAUAGGAUUUGAGGGAGUGAAUAUAUCUACGAAUAAAGAAUUGCUUGAUUUACUGAGGAAUAAUGAUUUGAUAGAAUUUAAUAAUACAACUAAGCGCUUGUUAUAUAAGGACAGGUAUGAAUCGAUAGUGUCUCGUGAAACUCUUCAUUCUUUUAUUGUUAAUGCUGGCUGUAAGGGCCUAGUGGUUGACCCUGAACUACUUGCUACUAAUCCGUUGGUUUUUAACUGGAUAAAUGAUCUUUUAAAAUAUCGCAAAAUUAGGGUUGUACGGCCUAAUUUAUCGAAUAUUAAAGGUAAAAAGAGGUGUCGUUUUGCUGGGUCUGUGAGCCAGUGUGGAAUAUACAGUUCUUCAAAGUGCCAGGAGUGUCACAGUAACUUGGAGGGCUUAGUCCUGUUCCCACUUGGUAAGGAUCAGUUCGAACGAGACCGAUUUAAGAUCGACCAUGAUGUCAAAAAUCUCUGGGACGCAGUUGUGAUACCUUCAACAGAUCAGUUAUUACGUGAAUAUAACAUCACGCAAACAAUAUUUCCAUUUCAACUACUCGAAACUGAUAAGAAGAAGCGUAAAGACACUAAAGGAUUUAAGGUUAAAAUGCGUAAAAUAUACAAUACGCAUCUGUUUACUCCUCAGGAACUUAGGGGAAUUAGUCUUCAAGAAGAUUGAUAUAUUUUAAUUUUAAUCCAAUACACUGCAUAUAAUAUGCCUAAUGUACUCACUAUAGUAAACUAUUACUAUAGUUAUAAUUAAAUUUGGUAUUAAACACUUAAGUACAACAUGAUGCUAUAAAUGGCAGUAUACCCUAUGUAAUAUACACGUAUGUAAAUAACCAGGAGUAGGAUUAAAU